AUGGAGCUGACCAAAUUCGAUCUAAAGCCGUGCUCGACACCGCUAACCGGUUUCGCAGGAGAUACAACUAUAACGAUUGGAACGAUCAUGCUCUCCGUGUGCGUCGGACAGGUAACCACGAUGGUGAACUUCUUGGUCGUCGACGAACCAGCCAUCUACAAUAUUAUACUCGGAGGACCAUGGCUAUACGCGAUGAGAGCAAUACCGUCACCAAUGCCUGAAAUUACCAGGACCCGAAGGAGUCAUCACGAUCAGAGGAAAUCAACGAGUCACACGAACAUGCUUCAUUGA